CAGGAUACUCAAUUACUUCUAUGGGACCUGGAAAUGGAUGAAAUUUCUUUGCCACUACGGUAUCCUCCAACUGGAGGUUCACCCACAUUCAGCAGUGGAAGCAAUUCUGCUCGCUGGGAUACCAUAAGUCCUAUAGGUACUCUUCAGCCUUCUCCAAGCAUGAGAGAUGUUCCAAAACUCUCUCCUCUUACUGUUCAUCGUUCCCAUGUGGAUCCUCUUUCCGGUUUAAUCUUCACUGAAGAUUCAGUCGUCACGAUUUGCCGCGAAGGACACAUAAAAAUCUGGUCCAGGCCUGUAAACACUGAAACCAUCAGCCAAGCAAACUCUGACACUGUAGUCCAUAAUCUUUCUGCUACUUCAGAAGAGAAUCCUGAUAGGGCCAUUUGGGUGGCAUAAGAGAAUAAGAGGAUAUCCUUCUGUACAGGUGCAAGAAUUUUAUAAGCUCAACCUCAUUGAAAUAUGUACAUGAGCUUAACAUUUUUAGGCUUGAUAAUGUGAAUUAGAAGCUGAAAUCAAGUACCUUUCAGUUAUAUCAAUUGUAAGUAAAUUUGGUUGCUUGAAGAUUGAAAUAUGUUUUGAAAACUAGUUAAGUUUAUGAAGGGGCGCAUUUGUGAUCA